UCAGGUGGGGAUCUCCUACAAGAGAAAAAAUCCAUUCCUCCCCACAACCCCCAACUGCCCUAGUCUUGCUACUGUUGGUGUCUGUAUCUUGCGCUUGUCGAUGGGUACAGAGGAGACCAGCUCAGCCAUCUUGUCCCGACCUACCCUGCCUCCAAAACCUCAGGUCCCCCCUAAACCACAGCCCAGGGGGACACGUUGGCGCCGGGCAACUGAUGUCAUUUGCAGAGAGGUUGCAGGGGAGGAUGGAAAUCAAAGCCAAAUGGCACAGAAAGCCAGGCACAAAUCUCUACCCUCCCAUCCAAACGAGCAGAGCUUGUGCCUGUCUGUGGCUAAGGAUGACAGCCCUUUUCCUCAACCUGAUGGGCUACUCAGUUUCUCAGAGAGAGUUAAGCCCUUCCCACUUCCAAAGCCCCGCCUUCAGAAAACACCCCUGCGACAGGACAGCAAACCCUUGCCAGCAGAUAAAGAAAGAGUGUCCAGCACUGACAGUAGUGACUCAGAGGGAAGACUUUGGGAUGGACGCAGUGGGAGUGAGGGAGACUCUCCCUCCAGUGGGCUGGGUUGCGCUCCGUCCUGUCCCUGCAUGUGCCACUGCAGUCGCCAUCCCAAAGGUGGUGAAGGACCCCUCAGAAUGGAGCCCCACCUCAAAGCCCCACCCAGUUCCCUGCCUGGCCUGUGUCUCCCGGCCCCCGGACUAAAGGGUGACCUCCACUGGGACUACUGGCACAUCACCUGCCCCAGAGCUCCGGGGAGGUCAGGGCGUGUCCCUCCAAAAAUUCCUCUCCCUGCUCGGCCCCUUCCCAAAGAGCCGGACCUGAUCUCCAUUCAAGACAGGAAGGAAGAGCCUGACGUUCCUGAGGGAGUGUAUCUGGAAAUGGACGUGUCUCCAUCUGAAGUAGAUGACCACUGUACCGCUGUAGUCAUGUGCAACAGACACUUAGGGUCCCCGGUUUCCCCAGAUGUUGGUGUCGGAGCAGCAGAGCGUCUGUCGUUCUCCAAAGUGCCCAAACCCCUUCCCCCCGUCCCCGCCAAGCCCCUGCCACCACUAAGGAAGCAAAGCACAAACAAGGAAAGGGACAAGAGGACCUGUGAUGCUCCCCUCCAGAGCAUUGUGGCGGAACUCCAGGAAAAAUUCCCCAGUGAUGGCAAGGAGGUUAAAUCCAGGAAGAAGUCACAUGUGAAGAAGAGGGAGAAUGGGCAGAAAUUUUCCCUUCUCUGCAAGAGGUCCCCCACAAAUGUGAUGGCACUUUCAUCCUCACAGAAGAAGAAGUCGCCCUUGGCAGAGCUUGUGUUGUUCUCCUUUAAGAGCAAGGAGAGUGCUCAGGAACUCCAGGAAGCUGCCUUGACUACUCAGUCACCCACGGUGCUAGCAAGUCCUGUGAGAGAGCCUUGGGUGGAUGUGACUGUGAAAGACUCAGAAAACUUGGAUGUUUCUGACCUCUCCUCCCCAGCCACACCACUGGGUAUACAGGCAUGUCUGGAGCAGGAAGACGACACGGUGGCCCACCUGGCAGAGGACAAUGAAGACACGGGGUCAACUCCACAGGGUGUCAUGAGGGGAGUGUCCAUCAGGGGGAGCCAUAGGUCCCGGAAACCAUUCUGGCAAGAGCGAAGCAUUGUGCAGGACAGUGGAGUACUGACACAACUAAGCAAGCAGCAGCUGCUGUUACAUGAGAGCAUGUAUGAGGUGGUGACCACAGAGCAGUCCUAUUUGGACAGCCUGAAUGUGGCGGUGGGCCUCUUCAUGGAGUCGUCUGCACUCAACCAAGUCCUUGCACCUCGCGACCGCAAGUCGCUCUUCUCCAGCAUGGGCAAGAUCCGAGAGAUCAGCCAAAAUUUUCUAGAUGCCAUGCAGACAGAGCUGGAAGCAAGUCUGUUCUGUGAUGUGUGUGAGAUCAUCCGCCUUCACGCCAGCGAACACUUUGGCGCCUACGUUGACUACAUACGCAACAUGCCUUACCAGGAGCAGACUCUGCAUAACCUGGGGAAGGAAGACCCCCAAAUAAAGGAAAUUCUCACACAGCUGCAGGAGGACCCCCGCUGCCACCGUCUUCCACUCAAGUCCUUCCUGGUCCUGCCCUUCCAGAGGAUCACACGUCUCAAGAUCCUGGUGGAGACCAUCCUGAAGAGGACUGACCCGGGAUCAGAUGGCCAGGCAUCUGCACAGCAGGCGCUGAAGGAGAUAUCGAAGGUGGUGGAGGCCUGUAACCACGAGGUGGGAAGGAUGAAGCAGAUGGAGGAGCUCGUGCACAUUGCCAACAAGACAGAAUUUGAAUGCAAGGCUCUGCCUCUGGUUUCUUCCUCGCGGUGGCUGGUGAAGCAAGGGGAACUGGCUCACCUGACUGACAAGGAGAAUAUCUUUGGCAAGAGAAAAGUCUUUCCUGUCUACUUGUUCCUCUACAAUGACCUACUGCUAGUCACCAUCAAAAAAGGGCUGGAUCGAUUUGUGGUUCAGGAUCACGUCCACCGCUCCCUCAUUGAAAUCAGCGAUGAGGUAGAGGAUGCAGAGGUGGAGUGUGAACUGAAGAACACCUUCCUUCUCGCCCUGCUGAAGGACCACAAAGGGAAAACUUCUCAGCGCCUUCUGAGAGCCCCUUCCCAGGCUGAGAAGGCCAGCUGGGUGGAGGCCCUGAGGCCACAGAAGAACGGGAAGAAUGAAGUGUACGAAGAGUGGGACUGCCCUCAGGUGCAGUGCACAGCAGAUUAUUCUGCCCAGCAGCCUGGAGAGCUGAGCCUCCUGAUAGGGGAUGUCCUCAAUGUCAUCCAGAAGACCAAUGAUGGCUUCCUGGAGGGCCGGAGGCUGGUGGAUGGGGAGAGGGGCUGGUUCCCCCGCGGCAGCGUGAAGGAGAUCACCAACGAGCACGUGCAGCGGCGCCACCUCAGGCAGCGCUACCACGUCCUGCAGGCCGCAAACCGGAUGCUGAGACAGCGCUACAUGUCCAGCGAGCGCCAUGCCUCCACCUGCUUCCGAUAGGGCCCUCAAAGACCAUCCGCGGAAACGCCUCUCUCACACGGAAAACGUUUCCAUCUCAUCCUUUUGGAUAUGUCUUGCCCCCUUUGUUUUUUUCACAAAGUUCUGAUUUUUAAAUGUUGUUAACAUUCCAUUUAAUGGCUUUUAUCACUGAGCCUUAAGACUUCCACUGCACAGCAUGGAUUAUAUUUUUACGAUCCUGUAAAGGAACCUGACGUUACUCACCACAAAGCAUUGCAGAAGGCCAUUGUAUCAUAUUGCUGUUAUAACCAAAUCAUGGAUAUGGGGUUAGAUUUUUAAACAACUCAAAAUAAGAUGCUGGUAAUCUUUAAAGCAACAUUUCAUAUUUUGUUGUUAAUGCUUUAUUGUUUCUUCAGGCAAAAGACUGAAAGCAAUAGUUUGUACUGCAUUAAGAGAUUGUAUGUUUUAUUUAACAUUAAAGCAUUUACCUUUUCCAUAA